UUCGUCCGAAAAAAAGUUAAGUAGAGCAAGAAAAACCUAGAGAUUGAAGCAAAGACGAUAGCGAUGCCAUUUCUCCUCUUUAAAGGCACCCUAAAAUUCAAACUGCGUUCAAAUUAAAUGGUUUCCAUUCCAAUCCUCUUCUAAAAUCUACAGAUUUCGCAUGAACUCCGACAAUUACGUAACACUUUCUUGUGCCAAAUGUCAGAUCACUCACCAGCGCAAAUAGAACAGGAAUCGAAAGAAGAAACCCCCCCAAUCAAAACCCCUCUUCUUCCCCUCAUUCCGGACCAAACCCAAAACCUAAAUGAAGAAGAUGAAGAACAUAAAGAGGACGACGAAGAAGAAGAAACCCGUCUUGAUAAAAGCCUUCAAAGGUUGAAAUUGAUUUUAAUUUUGUUGGGUUUCGAUCAAACUACUGUUUUGAGAUUUGGGAUUUCUUGGGUAACGUUUUUGGUAAUUGGGGUUGCGGUUCCUGUAAUUGUGCUGUGGCUGACCACCAACUGUGUGAAUUGUGAUCUCUACCAAAUCAAAGGCUUUGAGCUUAUCAUCGUUGCUUCACAUGCUUGUUUGGCAGCUGUUUCUCUGCUUUGUCUUUCCCAUAAUUUGAGGAAAUAUGGUCUUCGAAAGUUUCUGUUCGUCGAUCAGUAUAGUGGCCAUGUCGAAAGAUUCUCAAAGGAGUAUAUCCAGAAAAUUUCUGAAUCUAUACGAUUGCUAAUACUAUGGGCUCUGCCAUGUCUAAUUUUAAAAAUAGCCCGUGAAGUGAUUCGUAUUACAUACAUGCACAAUGAAUCAUGGUGGAAGUCUUUAGGGAUCCUUGUAGCUUUGACUUGGUCAUGGGCAUAUGUAAACUUCAUCUAUUUAUCAGCAUGUCUCGUGUUCCAUUUAGUCUGUAAUUUACAAAUCAUCCAGUUUGAUGAUUAUGGAAGACUCUUGGAAACAGAAACCGAUGUUCUUGUAUUCAUAGAGGAACAUGCUCGUUUACGCCAUGAUCUCUCAAAAAUAAGCCAUAGGUUCCGAAUCUUUCUCAUACUCAUGUUCACCGUUGUCACAUCAAGCCAAUUUGCAAUGCUGUUUCAAAUCACCGAGUUCAGUAACAAAGUAACCUUUAUAAACAGCGGUGAUUUUGCAGUGUCAUCAAUUGCGCAAGUUGUGGGGUUGAUUUUGUGUUUGAAUGCUGCUGCGAAGAUUUCUCAUAGAGCUCAAGGGAUUGCAGCAUUAGCAAGUAGAUGGCAUGCAUUGGCUUCAUGUGGUCCAGAUGAUGCGUCGCAUAUGAGAGUUUCUAAUCAAGCGAUGAGUGUGUCUUCUGAAAGUGAUUUGGAGGCAAUGAGUUAUAUACCCCUUCCUACGAAUACGCAAUUGGCUUCUUAUCUGUCUUCCUACCAUAGGAGACAAGCUUUCGUGAUGUAUUUGCAGAAUAAUCCGGGAGGGAUUACUUUGUAUGGAUGGACGGUGGAUAGGAGUCUGAUAAACACCAUCUUCUUUAUUGAGUUGUCUCUGGUUCUAUUUGUUUUGGGAAGGACUACGGUUUUCACAAGUGAGACCUUGCCAUGAUUAUUAUGGGUUCUAUUUGAUGAUACCCAGAGAACAUAGAAUGAAGGAAAAUGUAUUAUCAUAUAUUGGUUUUGGGUCUGCUAUUUAUAACUGUCGUUACAGUUAUAGUUGCAUUCUAACUUCCAAGAGAGAAGGACUAAAGUCUAUUGUUUUUCUCUAGAAGAAGGGCUCAUUCCUGUAAAGUGGGUAGAGUUGUGUAAAUAAGAAAUUUUAAGUUUUUAGCU